AUGGCCGUCACUAAAAAAAUCACUCUUCUUCCCGGUGACCACGUCGGCACCGAGAUCGUCGCCGAGGCCGUCAAGGUCCUCCAGGCCAUCCAGGAAAACACCCCUCACCAACAAAUCAAGUUCGAGUUCGAGAACCACUUGAUCGGAGGUGCUGCCAUCGAUGCCACCGGCGAGCCAUUGCCCGACGCUUCGUUGGACUCGGCCAAGGCCUCGGACGCCGUGUUGUUGGGUGCUGUGGGUGGCCCUAAAUGGGGUACUGGCACGGUCAGACCCGAGCAGGGCUUGUUGAAGAUCCGUAAAGAGUUGGGGCUCUACGCCAACUUGCGUCCAUGCAACUUUGUUUCCGAGAAGCUCUUGGAGUUGUCGCCUUUGAAGGCGGAGGUUGUCCGCGGCACCAACUUCACGGUGGUGCGUGAGUUGGUGGGUGGAAUCUACUUCGGUGAGAGACAAGAACAGGACCAGAGCCCUAACGGCGACGAGGCCUGGGACACCGAGAAGUACUCUGUGAGCGAGGUGACCCGUAUCACCAGAAUGGCCGCUUUCAUGGCUUUGCAACACAACCCACCUUUGCCUGUGUGGUCCUUGGACAAGGCCAACGUGUUGGCCUCUUCUCGUUUGUGGAGAAAGACCGUCGACAAGGUCAUGUCCGAGGAGUUCCCUCAAUUGACCAUCCAGCAUCAGCUCAUUGACUCCGCUGCCAUGAUCUUGGUCCAGAACCCUACCAAGCUCAAUGGUAUCGUCAUCACCUCCAACAUGUUCGGUGACAUCAUCUCCGAUGAGGCCUCUGUCAUUCCAGGCUCGUUGGGUCUCUUGCCUUCUGCUUCUUUGGCUUCUUUGCCUGACACCAACACCGCUUUCGGUUUGUACGAGCCAUGCCACGGUUCUGCUCCCGACUUGCCUGCCAACAAGGUCAACCCUGUUGCCACCAUUUUGUCUGUGGCUAUGAUGUUGAGAUUGUCCUUGGACUGUGGCAAGGAGGCUGACGCUUUGGAGAGAGCCGUUGGUGACGUUAUUGAUGCUGGUAUCAGAACGGCCGACUUGAGAGGUCUGAGCUCCACCCAGGAGGUGGGUGACGCCAUCGUUGAGGCUGUCAUCAAGCAGUUGAAGCAAUAA